UGCGCGCGCGACGCUUUGUCUGCCUCACUGCACUACAAGAAGGCGGAGUGCGGCGUUGCUGUGAAGCGAAGCGAAAUCGCAGUUCCCUGGGAACUCUUCAUUUUUAGAGUAAACCGUUUCAAGAUGGAAGAAGCCAAACCAAAUGUGGCAGGUACAUUCAAGAUUUUUGUCGGCAACUUGGCUGAUAAAACAACAGCGGAAGAGUUACGACCACACUUUGAGAAAUAUGGCAAAGUAGUGGAGUGUGAUGUAGUGAAGAAUUAUGGGUUUGUGCAUAUGGAGAAAGAUGAUCAAGGAAGAGAGGCCAUUCAGAACUUGAACGGCCUGAUGCUUGAUGGCAAUGCCAUUAAAGUUGAAGCUGCUACUAGCCGCAAAGGUCCUGCAUCUCAAACAACCAAGGUCUUUAUUGGCAAUCUGACAGACAACACCAAAUCUGCUGAAAUCCGUGAAUUGUUUUCCAAGUUUGGUACCGUGGUGGAGUGUGAUAUUGUUCGGAAUUAUGGAUUUGUGCAUAUGGAGUCUACUGAUAAUGUUGCCGGAGCGGUGAAGGAGUUGAAUGGGCAGAUUGUAGAUGGACAGCCCUUAAAAGUGCAAAUGUCAACCAGCCGCGUACGUCAAAGACCUGGAAUGGGAGAUGCUGAGCAAUGUUAUCGCUGUGGUAGGGGAGGACACUGGUCCAAGGAGUGCACCAAAGGGAUGAGAAAUGGUUUUAGGGGCCCAAUGUUUGGUCGCGAGCCCUACCCCCCACCACCACCUCCACCACCUUUCAUUCGCGACCGGAUGUUUGGAAUGAGGGAGAGCUACUAUGAUGGCAUGUAUGACCGUCCUCGUUAUGACGAGCGAGACCUGUUUGAACGCCGUGGUUAUCCUGAUAUGUCAAGAGCACGGGCUGACUAUCUUGCUCCCCCCUUGCCACGCCGUGACAUGCCUCCUCUUCCAACCCUGGGAACUCGCCGGGAGCCAGGCUAUGACCGACCAUCGGCGGCUUAUGAAGGAUUUACUCGUCGAUCUCCUCCUGCAGCUCCACGCUUUGGCUCGACCUCGCGCUACGCACCGUAUUGAUUCGAGUCGCGGUUCGCCGUGCCUUUCUGAUCGUGGCGUCGCGGUACCGAACGAGGAAAUGCAAGUCGCGGCAAGGCGUUUUGUGGAGGUCGGAAGCCUCGAUGGGAUACUUCGUCAAACUUCAAAGUCUUCUUCCAUAGCCAUUUUUGGCAUCUUCCCAUAUGCUUUGUUUUAUUUUGAACGAUUUAGACAAGGACUCUUAUUUGGGAAGAAAUAAGUUGAUAUUCAUGGUUUCAACGGAACUAGCACAUAAGGGAGUGCAUAAUUUAAGUACCUGGUUGUCCUGUGCGUGUUUAAUUUAACAAAUAUUUGACAACCACUGAAUUUUUUUAACAACUCAUUUAUAUUGAGUUAGUGAUAUAUUGAUUGCUGCAAUAUAGUUAAGGUUAUUUAUCAGAAAAUAUCAGUACAAUGCUGUAGGUAGGAGAGAUGUCCUUUAUUAUGUAAGAUUUUUUAAUUUUAUGACGCUAUGGAGAUGUGUAGCUAUCAAUCAUAUGUCUUUUCUACAAUCGCUGAGCAGAAUGUUGAAUGCUUUAAGAUCAUUUUAUUGUUUAUAUCAAGAGGCUAGACUUAUCUUUUUUGCUGCACAUAGCAUCUAUAUUUUCUAUGGUAAAUCAAAUGUAAACAGUGGAAUACCAUAUCUACUCUAUGGUAGUGGUCCUUUCAUCUGGAAGGUGUAGCUGUUAUCUUAAAAGAUAAACAUUAACUAAUCUUGAUUUGACAACUUCCUUUUUGUUUGUGAUUAUGUUUGAAUGAAAGUAAUAUCCAUAGUGUUCACUGGCAACAUACUACUUUGGGGUUUAUUAUACAAAAUUUUUAUCUAAUGGCGAAUUAUGCCUCAAUUUGUGGUGAAUACUUGGCAGUAAGAUGUGGCUUGCUGGUACAUUUGAAUGUUGCUUACUAGAAUAAAAUCAUUCUGGCAAACAUUUGUUAUUUUUCAUCCAUACCAUGUCUGGAACCUUUGCCUUGCAUUUGGGAAAAAAGCAUGGAAGCUGGUUUGAAUGGUGUCCCGGUUGUAUUAUAUUUUGGUAUCAUUUGGGUAGCUUUUUUUGCUUGCUUGGGAUGCUUAGUCCUCAUUAAAUGCAAAGUUAAACAAUUGAGCAGGGGCAAGCCUACAACUCCAAUUUGAUUUUACCCUGAGGUGAAAAUUUGGCAGGUAUAAUAAUUCUUAUUACUUUGUGUUGCUAGUAAAAUUCGAUCACAUUCAUGUUAAUUUUCUUCAAGAUGUCAUCAGAAAGGUAAAGGAAAAUGUCUGACACAGAGGCUUCCUUGUCCAAACUGAGAAUUUUAUCAAUAAAAGAAAAAUUUUCA